GUAAAAAUGCCGACACCACCAGGACAAUCGAGCAGCCAGCCGUUGCCAGCCAAAGAGCUCGGUUAUUUCAAGAAAAUCGUGAAAAGCUACGAGCAGAAGCAGUACAAAGCGGGUUUGAAGUUUGCGCAGAAGAUUUUGACGAGUCCCGGCUUUGCCGAGCAUGGAGAAACGCUCGCAAUGAAGGGUUUAAUCCUAAAUUGUAUGGGAAAACUUCAAGAAGCUCAAGAUUGUGUUCGUCGUGGACUUGUAUCGGAUCUCCGUUCAUAUGUCUGCUGGCACGUAUUUGGACUAAUUCAAAAGACUGAAAAGAAGUACGAUGAGGCAAUUAAGGCCUACAAACGGGCCUUGAUGCUGGAAAAGGACAAUUUGCAGAUUUUGAGAGAUUUGAGUCUUUUGCAGAUUCAUAUUCGUGAUUAUGACGGAUAUUUGUCAUCAAAAUACGAACUUCUACAAUUGCGUCAAACUCAACGUGUAUCAUGGUUGGGUUAUAUUGUUGCUCAUCAUUUGCUCAAAGAGCACAAUUUGGCGCUUGGAAUUAUGGCUGAAUAUAUCAAGAAUAAUACGCCAUCCGGAUACGAUUUCGAGUUCUCCGAGCUGAUUCUCUACCAAAAUCUGAUAAUGCGUGAAGCCGGUCUACCAGACGUUGCUCUUCAGAAAUUGGAAGAAAAUUCCACACAUAUCGUUGAUAAAGUCGCCUAUAUGGAGACUCGUGCCAAUCUUUUAAUGGAUUUAGAACAACCGAAACAAGCGGAAAAUGUGUGGAGAGCACUUAUUGAACGGAAUCCUGAUAGUUUGGAGUAUUACGAUAUGUUGGAGAAGUGUAUGGGCAUUAAGGAUUCUCCAAAAGCCCAACUCGCAAUGCUCGACGGACUCGCUGAAAAAUUCAAAAGAGCCGCCGCACCUCGCCGCCUCGCCUUGUACCUGGUUGAAGGUGAAGAACUUCGCCGUCGCCUUCACGAAUGGAUGAUUCCAAUGUUGAGAAAAGGUGCUCCAUCGCUGUUCGCAUCACUUGUUCCAUUAUACAAAUAUCCACAAAAACAGGCUGUAAUUGAAUCACUAAUUACUGAAUAUGUGAAGAAAAUGGAUGAUGAAGGGUAUGGAAAUGUCAGUUUAGAUGGAAAAGAUCAGGAAUGUGAACCACCAACAACUGCACUAUGGCUUUAUGUUCUUGCUUCACAUCAUUUUGAUCGAUGUGGAAUGACUCAGCUCGCAUUGAAUUAUAUUGAGAGAGCUAUUCAACAUACGCCGACUGUUGUCGAGAAUUAUAUGUUGAAAGCGCGUAUUUAUAAGCACGCCGGAGACUAUGAUGAAGCAGCUCGUUGGAUGGAAGAAGCUCAAUCACUUGAUACAGCCGAUCGUUAUAUCAAUGGAAAAUGCGGAAAAUAUCUGUUGAGAGCCAAACGAAGUGAUGAAGCCAACAAAAUGCUCGCAAAAUUCACGAGAGAAGGUGAAAAUGCUGCAAGUCAUUUGACUGAUAUGCAAUGUAUGUGGUAUGAGCUGGAAAGUGGACGAGCAUUCAGAUCUGUUAAUAAAUAUGGUGAAGCACUUCGAAAAGCACAUCAUAUCGAUUUUCACUUCAACACAUGGAUCGAGGAUCAAUAUGAUUUCCAUACGUAUUGCCUUCGUAAAAUGACACUUUGUUCGUAUAUUCGACUUCUCCGGAUGUGUGAUAAGCUUAGAGAUGCAGAUUAUUACUAUCAGGGAGCCAAAUUGGCCAUUAAAAUCUAUUUAAGAAUGAUUGAUCGACCAGAUGAUAUGAAUGAGCAUUCAGCAUUGAUUAAAGAAGGAAUGACUGAUCAAGAAAUUAAGAAAAUGAAGAAAAAACUGAAGAAACAGAAGGAAUUGCAAGAGGAAGAGGAGAAAAAGAAGAAGGAUAAAGAACAAAAGGAAGAGGGUCUUCAGAGGGGACCACAGAUUGAUGCGGAGGCUCUUCUAAAAACCGAAGAUCCACUUGGCGAGGCAGCGAAAUUCUGUCAUAAUAUUCAUACAUUUGGAACACAAAAAGUAACUGGAUAUGCUCUUUGUGCAGAAGUUUAUCGUCGAAAAGGAAAAGUUCUUCUCGCAUUGAAAUGUUUGAAUGAAGGAGAAGAUCGUGAACCAACUCAUCCACUACUUCAUGUUCAAAAAGUCAAAUUUCUGGCUUAUUGGCCAAAAUGCGAGCUGAGCGGUUUGGUGAAGGAAACAGCCGACGAACUGAUGAAAUGUGUGUAUGGAGCCGAAAGAGAUGCCGCUGAGCUCAACGAAAAGUUCAAAAUUGAGCAUCAACACGAUUUUGCUCACCGUUUGGCUUACGCUGAAGCUCAAUAUUCAAUCGAUUCUUCGACAAAUUUGAUUAGUUGGAUUUUGAAAUCAAUUGAAGAUUCAAAAGUGAAUGGAAGAAGUCUAAAAAUGAUGAUUAAGCUUAAAGAUGGUAUUGAAUAUGGAAAAUAUGGAAAAUGGUCAAAAGAUGAUAUGGAAAAGCUCCGUAAACAAGUGCAUAGCCUGUUCCCAUUGUCACUGGAUUUUGGUGGAGGUGUUCAACAUAAAUCGGCUUCUGCUGCUCCAACUUCAGCUGAAACUAAUUAAAUAUGGAAUUAUUGCCCACACCCACCUUUCAACUCGUGUUUUUUUCUGUUUUUUUAUUGGACUUUUUUGUCUUUUUUCCCCCUGUUUUCACCCGUUCUUUCAUGUUUUUCAUUCAUUUUUUAGGGUUUUUUUAUAUCCUAAAUUGCACCCCUUUUUUCCCCCAAAAAAUAUCAAUUUUAGGAUUAGUAAUCACUUUUUUUUUUGAGUUUUAUUCAACGAUUUUAAGAGAUUUUUUCGGCGGAAAUUUUGGAUUUUUCCGGGAAAAAAUAGGCAAAAUUUGGCUGAAAAUCGUGAUUUUUCCAGAAAAAUUAGCUUCAAAUUCUAAUUUUUGUGGAAAAGUUACAAAAUUUAGCUUAAAAUUUGUGUUUUUUUCCCAAAAAUAAGGCAAAAUUCAGCUGAAAAUUUGGAUUUUUUACCGGAAAAAUUGAGAUUUUUUUUUUUGAAAAAUGUAUGGAAAAAUUUGCUGAAAAUUGUGAUUUUUACCGGAAAAAUUGACGAAAAUUAGCUAAUAAUUGUGCUUUUUCCGGAAAAACACAAUUUUUUGGCGAAAAAUGGCGAUUUUUAUAGAAAAAUUGGGCUUUGUUUCGGAAAUUUUCAAAAUUUUGCUUUAAUUUUCGAUUUUUCCGGGAAAAUUUGCCAAAUUUGGCUGAAAAAAAUUAUUUUUCCCUAAAAACACAAUGUUUCGCGAAAAAUUACAAUUUUUCUGAAAUUAGGAACAAUUUUAAACAAAAAUCUUUUUUUUUCCCCCAAAAAAAUUAUUCCCAAAAAAUCUAAAUUUACCGAAAUUUACAAAUUUCCGCCUUAAAAAAAAAUCUAAAAAUCGUUAUAUUUCCCUCCUGAGUCUGAAAGUCUCUAUGACAUUUUUGCUGUUACCAUUUAUCGAUCUUUUUUCUCCCAUUUUUUAAAAAAAUAUUCCCCUCUAUAAUUUUAAUAUUUAAAUUCUUCUACAAUGCCCCCCGUUUGAUUUGAUAAUGAUUAUUAAAAUAUCCAGUUUUUUUUUGAAUUGA